AUCGGCACUAUCGACGGCGAUACCGCAGUAUGCUCGCAAUCUUUCAACGCUGCGCUCGCUGCGGCGGGAGCGACGAUCGAGGCAGUGGAGAAAAUCGUCUCCGGCGAAACGAAUAAAGUCUUUUGCGCCGUGCGUCCACCCGGACACCACAGCGGUCCGCUCGGUCCAGUGGGUACGCCGAGCGAACCUAUUGGCACUGGUUCGCACGGCUUUUGCUUGAUAAACAACGUCGCUGUUGCUGCAGCUUACGCGCGAUGCGUGCACCGCAAAACGCUUCGUAGGAUCGCUUUGGUUGAUUUUGACGUGCAUCACGGAAACGGAACAGAGGCGUGCGUGCAAAACACCGCGCCGAGCGCGCCGCAAUUCAAGUACUCAUUACCAAUCGGUGGUGGUACGGGCGAGCAACCGUGGGUUUUGGACGUCGGCAUGGAGGGCACGGGUAAGAAAUCCGAGCGAGGCGCCGCGUGGCGUCGCGUGUGGAAGGGGAAGAUUUUGCCCGCGAUCAACGCUUUCGAACCCGAGCUUAUCAUCAUUUCUGCCGGAUUUGACGCUCACGCCAAGGAUGACAUUCAAGGACCUGUAAACUUGGGCGUGAAAGAGCAAGACUACGAAUGGCUUACGACGGAGUUGAUGAAGAUUGCGAAUUCGCACGCAAAGGGCCGCGUGAUUUCCGUCCUCGAAGGCGGCUAUCGCAUUCAGGGU